UUUCCGUCCAAUCACGUUGCUUGUGCUCACCUCACGCCGAGCUUUACUCCCACGUAGAGGCUUCGUUUCUCAAACCUCGGCAGGAAGUCCACGAGGCUGAUCGCAUCUCACGUUCUCCUCCUGCAGAUUUCUUUUCUCUGCGACAACCAUGAAAAUUGCAGCGUUCAAUAUCCAGAAGUUUGGAAGGAGCAAAGUCUCAGACCCAGAAGUCCUCAAGAUCCUGAUUAAGAUCGUGUCUCGAUACGACAUCAUCCUGAUCCUGGAGGUGGUUGACAUCCGUGGAGACUCUGUAAAAACCUUCCUGGAUGCGCUGAAUGCAGCCAACAGGGAGCAUCACUACACCCUGAAGAUCAGCAGUCGCCUGGGCCGCAAGCGCUACAAGGAGCAGUUCAUGUUCCUGUACAGGGAAGACCAGGUGAACUUGGUGGACUCCUACCAGUUUGAUGACGUGGAGGCUGACGGAGGAGACGUUUUCGCCAGAGAACCCUACAUCCUGCGAUUCAGAUGCCUCAAUACAGUGCUGAAGGACCUGGUGAUGAUCCCCGUUCACACCAAACCAGAUGACUCGGAAAAGGAGUUGGACGAGCUUUACGACGUCUUCCAGCACGUCCAGAAGAAGUGGAAGACCGAUAACGUGAUGAUCCUCGGCGACUUCAACGCGGACGGCCUCUACGUCUCCAAGAGGAAGAUGAAGCGCAUCCGUAUCCGUAGCGACAAGAACUUCCACUGGCUGAUUGGAGACGACGUCGACACCACGGCGAGCACCGCAAACGACCACACCUACGACAGGAUCGUAGUCUACGGAGACGACAUGUUGGACGCUGUUGUCCCCGACUCCGCCAAACCCUUCAACUUCCAGGAGGCCUACGGACUCAACAGAGAGCAGACUGUGAAGGUGAGCGACCAUUACCCCGUAGAGGUGGAGCUGAAGUCCACGGCGCGGCCCGGGGGGGCAGACGAGCACCUGCUGGAGCUGAAGAGGGGGAACCUGCUGCUGGAGAGGGAGAAGCUCGGCCUGGAGAUCCAGAUUCUGCGGCUGAAGAAGGCCAAGAUGAACCGCGAGGGUGAACUUUGAACCCCGAAACCCCCCCACACACACACACACCGGAUGGGGCAAUAAACCCCAACUUGAACACUGAUCACCUCCGGAACCACAGCUGCCUCCAGAUGUUCACCUCUUUACCUCACCAACGAGAACUCGUUGCGACUGAAUCAAGCGUCAUCUUGUUGAAAUAAAUGAUUUUAUUUACUGUUAAA